AUGGUCACGGAAGAGUUAGAAAAGCCCGUAUAUCUUGCAGAAUAUGGUAAGAAAAUUGCUCAAACUAUUCUCCAUAUUGGUUUUCCAUCGUCUAUUUCUCCUAUAUUGGAUCCUAUCCUCCAGGCCUUGCAAGAGACGGUUGGCUCCCUAAAUCGCGCUCUUUCGAUGGACAGGCAUUUUGCGCGUAUGCUGGAAUUGCCACCUCAAUGGUUGGGUGAUCCGUCCGCCUCACGAGCAGAGUGGCAGGAGAAUGACGACGAUAGAAAAGAAGAUAUAAAAGCGGAAGUGGAAAGCCCCACUUGCGAAAUGGGUGAAGAGCGUGAUAAUCAUCAUCAUCACCACGAAGCUAACGUAGUAAAGGUUAACUGGAAGACUCGAGCAGAUGAAUUUUGA